UGAGCUCAGAGAGGGUGGGGCAAUAGGAAUUGGGGGUGCACCUUAUCUCCCGAUGCCUUCGAGGUGCUGAUGGAUCCAGUUGCAGUCUCUUUGUGGCUGAAAGGGGAGCCCACACCUGCCCCACAGCCACCACCUGCCUCCCUGCUGACUUGUCUGCGCUUGGCCAGUAAUGCGAGCCCCAGGGAGAGAGCCGCGGGGCGCCCUGGGUCCCCCCCAUAUCAGGCACCCUCUGGCUGGGCAUAGCUACCCAGUGGAGUGGAUGCAGGUAAGAGAGGCCUGGGGCUCAGGCAGGAAAGGGGAAUGGCUGGGGACCCAGAGAUGGGCAGGUGGGUUGUGAAGGUGGGUUGGGCAGGCCGGGGUGCUGUCCCAGCAGUGGCCAAGGGAGCCCACCAAGUUAUGCCCAAAUCCUAGCAUCCAUUAACCCUGCCAACCCUCCUUUCUUGCUGUUGGGGCCCUGGAUCACAGGGGCUGUGGAAAGGUGGGAAAAUGUGGCUGCAGACCUGUAUACGCCUCCCCCUAGGAUGCUGCAGCCUGAGAGCCCCUGGGCCUCUGAGGAGGGCAUGACCCCUGGGACUCGGCGGGGCGACUGCAUCAUCUGCUACUCUGCCUAUGACCUGGCCGGGCACCUGCCACGACGACUCUACUGCGGCCACACUUUCUGUCAGGCAUGUGUGCGACGGCUGGACACAGCAGCCCAUGAGCAGCGCUGGAUACCCUGCCCGCAGUGCCGCCAGAGCACGCCCACACCCCGGGGAGGGGUGGCCAUGCUCGACCUCGAUCUGACUGCCUUCCUGGCUGUUAAGGCUGAGCGGGAGCCAUCCCGCACAGAGCCCAGGCCCCCUGUGCUGCUCAAAGGUGGCCCAGCUAUCAUCACCCAGCAGCCAGCAGGGCCCUUCCCCACCCUUGGCCCCCAGCCCUACUUCCCCAUGCGCAGGUGUUGCUGCUGGAGCUGCAGCAGCCUCUGUUGGGCUCCCCCAGGUGGCCCUGAGGCCUGAGAUCUGGGCACCCCCCAUUCCUGGAAGAGGAACUACCACCCCCAACACACUUGCCUCAGACCUUUGACCCCUGCACAGCCCAUCCAGAGGCAUGGCCUGACUGUGGACACCCUCUGACCACGGCCUAAGAUGGAGACUCCAGGAAGCCAAAGAUCUGCUUUCUUUGUCCCCCAGCCCCCAAGGGGCCUCUUCAGCAGGUGCUGCUGUGAGUUGUAGGCACACCUGGUCUGGUUGGACUUGACUUGCAGGAGGGAGGACUAGUGAAAAGGGCUGGUGGCUGGUCCCCAGCGCCCUGGACAAGACUGUGCUUGGCUGUCCAGAGAUGUGGUCCCACCCCUAUGAAAGUCAAUCCAGAGGUGUGAAUUGAGGUUAGGGCUUGGGGCCACCCUCCUACCCCUCCAGCUUGUGAAGUUCAUUCACUCAACAAAGUACC